UAAAGUGUGCUAUUUUGCAACGCCUAUGAGUCUGUUUUUAUUCGACUUUUUCUGUCCACGACACCUACGUUUUAUUGUAAUUAAACCAGUCGAUUUAAGUGAGAAAUCGAUGUAAUAAUAAUAAAUAAGUACAUAGGUUAACAUAACAACAAUCUGUGCAUCAUUUCCUGGUUUUGUUCUUCUAAAUUAAACAAAGAAAUGACGUUGUGGACUAUGUUUAAAUGGUGAAUUUGUGAAAACCGUGGUUUCUACAGUUUAUUUAUUCGUUUUACAAAUUGGUUUAGCAAUUAGUCCACUUACGUUUCCCAAAAUGAAUACCCCUUCGGCGAACACAAAAGAAUUAAACAUAGAUUUGGAAAAUUGGAUGAGAGAACUACCUCCUCGGUUGAAAAAUAUUUCAAUUAUUUAUCUUGCCAUCCCUGGUACCCAUGAUAGUAUGACAUUUUCGAUAACGAGAAAUUCGACAGUAUCACCAGACGCCGCGGGCUUUAUAAAAACCUUAAGUAUCUUAGGACCAGUUCUUAGGCUUGUAAUGUCCCGUUGGUCAAAAACCCAAUCUCUAAAUGUAAUGGAGCAACUGAUCUAUGGAAUCCGGUAUUUCGAUUUACGAACCGCGACAAAAGAUGGCUCGAAUGAUUUCUAUUUCGUACACGGAUUAUACGCAGGUGAUGCUGAAACAGAAUUAAGGACUAUAAAUCAAUUUCUUAACGAACACCCGAACGAGGUUGUGAUAUUAGAUUUUCAACAUUUCUUUGAAAUGAACGCGACCGACCACGAGAGGCUUAUGAAAUUGCUUUCGAAAGUUUUUGAAAAAAAACUUGUGCCAUAUUCAUCAGUGAUGGAGCACCUUUCGUUAAACUACCUGAAUCAGGCUAAAUAUCAGGUUAUCAUUAUUUAUAGGUCGAAUGAAGCUAGAUAUAAUCAUCCAGACUUAUGGCCUUCGGCAAAUUUCCCAACCCCUUGGCCUAAUACUUUAAGUCCUGAAACCUUAAUAGAUAAAUUAAACGAGGGACUAGUCACAAGGAAUCCUACUUAUGGAUACGUUUCACAAGUCAUUUUGACCCCUACAGUUUGGUUCGUUUGCAGGUACUUGUUAGGAAAUUUAAAAUCAAAAUGUGUUUUACCACUGGACAAAUAUAAAUUCAACUGGAUAAACCUACAAAAGCCAGGCCCGAGCGGCGUUAAUAUAAUAAUAUCCGAUUUUGUUGAAUUACAAGAGUAUCAGUUCUGUAAGGAUGUAAUUAAUCUAAAUUUAAAAUUACUGAAGGAAAGUAUUAUAGGUAAUCAGACCGAUAGUCAUAAUGUAAUUAACUAAUUCUCGGCCAGUAAAUUUGUACAAAAAUACUUAUAUGUCUGUAAAGUUUCUGUUGGUUAAUUUUUUAAAUAAUACGAAUUUUAGUAACAUCUAAGUCGUACUUUAGUGUUUUAUAGAUAGACUUAGCAAUUAAUUAUUGAUAUUGUAAGUGGUAAUGCCUAAUGUCUAAUUUUUAAGCUCAAAUAUAAACUCUGCCACUAUAUCUACUUUUUACCCCAUACUAUUAUGUAAUCUGUUUAUCGUAUCUGUGAUUAUUAUAUUUAUUUUAGUGAAUUCGAUAAUAAAUAUUUUAUUACUUUUAUAUUUUAUUAAGGAUGUAGGAUUUUAGUUGUGUUGGAUGAGUGCAAGAAUUUAAACAGAAUAGUUAGCAGUACGUUAUAGCGUUGCCACUUUUCCUCUUUGAAGGAUGUUAAAACUGACACAUGUCAAUAUUUUAGGUUAAGAUUAAUUGACAUAUGUCAAAAAAAUAUAUAAACGAUUUGGCAACAGUGUUUGUCGCCAUUUUGUUUAUAUGCAAGUAACGUCAAAUUAAAUACGCCCUAUAUCCUUAUCCUGGAACGGGAUAAGUCCUUUAUAUUUUUAUAAAAUAUUGUAUUAUUAUUCAUUUAACAAAUCAUCUUGUAUAUGUCUUAUACAUGUAUGCAGUAAACAAAUAUAUUUUUUGUGUAAAUGUUU